AUGAUUACAGGUAACAACAACAAGCCAUCUGCCAAGUCGCAGAACCAACAAGCCCCUCACAUCCCAGGCUGUGGCGUCCAGGAUGACACCAAACCAGUGAGAAUCCAGAAACAGACUCCUAGAGUCCUGCCCGAAACGGGACAGAACUUGGCCCAGUUGAACAUGUACGCAAGGGGCGAAAAGUACAUCGAACAAGGCGUCAACCAGGUCACCGAUGACCCUGAGUUCGACCCACAGGCAAGACACUACUCCCCAGUUCCCGGCGCAGGCGUCGCGAACGCGUGGGACCAACAGCCAAAACACCAAAAGACUUGGCCUUGUCCCAACGAGGGCAACAAAACUCGCUCCACUGGUGUCACAACCAUGGCCGCAGGUGCAGGCGCAGGCGCCGCCAUCCAACAGACCCCUCAGGUCCAGGGAACGACAACCCUCCCAAUUAAUGAGCACACUGAGGCUGGUGCCCAACAGCAACGUGACGCUACUGCAGGUCAGCAUCGCCGCGUUAAGACAGGUACCCACGACAUGCAUUUGAAAGAUAAUCAAACCCCAGUCACAAACGUUCACGCCGAUGCUGGUCAUCCCGCUGGGAACGUUUACAUCGGUACCUAUGUUCCAGAGACCGCUGUCGAAAGACAACGUGGGAACCAACCUUCACAGGAGAAGGAUAAGGACUCCUCAAGUGGCCCCUUGCAGAAAAUCAAGGGGAUUUUCACCACAAACACUAAUGGAAAACCGGACAAGUCGAAGAAGGAGGUUAACACCCCAGAGAAGUGGGGAGUAGAGAAGGCAGCUGGUCCUGUCGUCUCCUCUCACCCUCAAACACACCAAACUGAAAAAAAUAUCGGGGGAGCUGAGAUGUACAGGAAACCAAAAUACGGGUACGAUAUGGUUGACCAGCAAAUCUCAGACCCUGUCAUGGACUUAUACGAAAAUGCCCAUCCAUUGAACAGAAACACCCAACCAAGCACUACCACAGGAGCUCCAGCCACAGGGGUCAAGAAAACCGCAGCACCUGCAUCCAAGGAAGUACCUCCAGCCAAGACAAGUGAUCUCGCAAUGACGAAGGACAAAUCGGGCCCAGAAGCUAGAGGUAACGUUGCUUAUCCAAGUACACACGAUCCAUUUGUAAACGUCCCCACCAUUGAAGCUGUGGAAAGAUCUACCGGAAACGUACCCAAGUCGCGUGUGCAACCCAACGAGGCGGACUCAAACGAAAAGUCUGACAACAAUCCUACAACAUUCCAAAAGAUCAAGAAAGUCUUUACACACAACAGUUCUGAUGAGAAAUCUUAUUCUGACUCAAACCAAGGCUUGAAGUCUCAUGCUAAUAGCGGUGAAACCUCCGGGCCUCAGCCAUUACACUAUCAGGGACUAGAAAGUGGUCCUCAACGUUCCAGAACCUCUGAAGAUCAACCUUCAACUCACAAAGCCAGCAUUGCUCAGAGUUUCAAGCCUGACCCAAUGCUUUCCAAGAAGGCAGAGCGUACAGUUGGAGACGCUGAACCAGUUCACGACUUUUCAAAGAAGGAUGUUGCCAGAGAAGCAGAAGGUCCUAUUGCGGGGAACUUCGAGGCAACUCGUGCCGCAGCCGCCGCUUUUAAGAGAGACUACAGAGCACCCGACCACAAUGAUAUGCACAAGAAUUCAAGGCCUCUCAAUGAAAAGGACAAUAAGGACGCGGCUCCUGUAAAAGAGGUAGUGCUGCCACCUCCAGAGAGUUCACAACCUAUCUUGACAAAACAACCACAUGCUAAGCAGCAAGCUGUAAACGACGCAAAAGAAGAAGAGACAGAAAAUGAUGGAACUUCUUCACUACAAAAAAUCAAGAAGAUAUUUACUCCUGGGUCAUCAAAGAAGAACUCUGUGGAUGAAUCUGCCACGGAUACAUAUGAUAUUCCUCGUGGGAAGUACGAGGUGAAACCAGUUGAAGAAAGUAUCAACCGCAAACUAGAAACAUUACCAAAACCUACUGAGGAGGGUGUUAAAUUGGGGUUAAUGCCACAAGAUUUUUCCUUAAAUAAGAAGGGUAAUUCUAAUGUUGGUGAAAAAGACCCAGUCAAGCAUAUCUCCAAGAGAGAAGUUGCUGCGGAUGCCCACGGUAAAGAAUUCGAUUCAACUGCAGCAGAUGCUGCUGCCUUGGCUUUCCAGAGAAGUUCUGAGGACACUAAUAAUAACAUCGACAAGAGUGUCACAGGGAUGAACAAAUCCAGGACCUUCGAAACUUCAAAGCAAGAUGAGGGACCUUCAAAUGGAGAAAAGCAUAAAAUUGGUUUCCAUAAUGUUACUGUGAACAAGCUCAAGGAACCAAAUUCUUCUAAGAAGCGGGCAUCGAUUCCUGCACUACCUUCGGACCCUUCAGCUGACAUUUCCCCAAGGAAGAUUGAUGAUGAUUACGCUCCUAGAGAAGGAUUAGAUAUUGGGAAACCAGGCGCUUCAAAAAAUGCAGCCCCAACACAGCCACAUGCGCUGAGGAAUGAUGUAGAUGCCCUUAUAUCUGGGGGUUCCAGAGGCAUCAGUGAGCCAGACCAAUCAAAUGUGACAAGGAAAGAAAGUACUAGAGACUCUACCAAUGCCGUAUCACAUCAAAAUUUACAAGACUCGCCAUUAUCGAGACCGAUGAUGAUGAAAACAGGUGAGCCCGCAAUUGCUGACUUAGAAAAGAGAUCUGGGCACGAAUACGAAAUGAAUAAACCGGAAAUAACUCAACCUGUGGUCGAUGUUUAUCAAGGAGCUGGCAAUGCAGUUAGAGGUUUAGACGAAGGAGGUGACAAACCUUUCUCGACUGAGGGUACCAAUGAAAACAUUCAAAAAAAUACGAACCAGGAUUCUACCGGUGCAAACAAGGAAGAGGAGGAACCUUCAACGCUACAAAAGAUUAAGAAUCUAUUUACUGGUGACACUUCAGAGAAACGUUCUGAUGUAAACGGUGCCGAAAUGGACAAUGAGAAAAACUCUGAAACCGCUGAAGAUUGGAAUAAAGAAUUGUCUGAACGCAAUUACGAAAUGGACGGACAAGAAAUUGAUGCUCCAACAGUGAAUGUAUACCACGAUGACUAUUCAAUGGGUCAUGAGGCUGAUAUCCCGGGGGGAUUGUCAAACAUUAAGAGGAAUUCUGUGGGAAGCUCUGAAAUGGCAAGCGAUUGGACAAAUUCACCUAGUGGAAAGGAUUAUACAUCUUUGAGGGCCGCUGAUCCACCAAGGAAAGACAUGUCGGUGCCAAAUACAGAAAAGUACGAUGAAAAUUUGGAAAGAAACGAAUUUUUAGAUAAAGACACAACAAACACAGAAAAGAUGCUUGCUUAUACUCUCGGUAUUCAAAAGUCUGAUGAUGCUACCAAUCCUUUUAGAAACACCACGAAUGAAACUACCGGGGAAACUAAAGAAGCAUUGCAACACAAGGAUCGUGACAAUUUGAAGUUCCCAUUACAAUCAAAAGAGAGUCAAGGCGAAAAUCGUUUGAAUGAGCCCAAGAUGGGUCAGAACAGAGAUGCGAACGUGCCUGUGUCAGGUGUUGGCAUUGGAACUGAUCCUGGUGCUGUUUUGCAGGGCAAAUCCAUGGACAUCACAAAGGGUGCCGAACGCGACUGGGAAAGAGAUGCUGGCCAACAGCAGGACAAGAUGGGCCAGAACAGAACCACAGACGUCCCAGUUUUCGAGUCUGAGGGUGCGGCUGGUGCAAGCACCGUGUCUAAAGGAAGAAACAUGAAGGACGUUCAACAAGGCUGGCAAAGAGACACAUCUCAACAGUUGAGCAAGGAUAGCCAAUUAACCGUUGAUCCACUACAAGGCGGUUAUGGAAAUCCAAUGGACGUUGGUAGUAUGGAGGCACCUUCAGGAAUGCUACACCAAACAUAUCGUGACCAAAAGGACGAUAUUUCUAAGAUGAAUAUUGACGAUCAAGGUAUUUUGGCCAAGCAGCAAAACCCAAGCGUCAAUAAUCAGAGACAAGGGAACACCGAACGUUCAACUGAAAUGGAUGGAAAUGGAAAGCCAGAGAAAAAAAACGUUGCACUACCUGUGAUGCUACCUCCUCAUAUGACAACCCAAGAGGGUCUUCAUGAUAAUUUUAUGGAAGAACAUACUUUACAGAAGGAGCCUUACCAUAGACCAGAAGAUCAUAGCCAAAUCAGAGAGGGUGUAUUUGCCAAGAAAAGUACUGGACCUCGUAAAGCUGAGGGAUUAGAAUCCAAUAAAUCUGGGACCACUGCUGAUGUGCAAGGUCAGAAAGGUGUUUACGAUUUACAGUCUAAAGAGUUAGAAGAUCCAAAACUUGACAUCAAUAAGACAGGUUCUGUCCAAGCACAAAGAAAGAAAGAGUCUGAACAAGGAAUAAAUGAAGCUAGAAAGGGAAAGAAUGUAUCAUGUUCCAAUAAGGCUUCUUCGAGUGUAGGCUCUGAGGGUAAAGACGAUUUUGGGACGCUGGCAACUUUAGAAGCGCUAUCUAACCAUCCUGAGUCUCAUAGUCAAUAUUUGGAAGAUAGGGAUCUAUAUCCAUCGGAAGCAAACAAUGACAAACAAACAGUUAUCGUUCCAUUGAAUGCCUUCACAGAUGGAGAAAGGACUGAAUCUUCCAUUCCUUCGCCUUCAAAGGACGGUAUCUCUGAUGAUGGAAAUAAUACAGCUGACCAACCAGCGAAAGGGGAGCAUGUCAAAGAGUUAAACGAAACCAAGAGAAAUCCAAGAAAUCCUGGCGAUGAUGAGAUGACGACAAAAGCAGCAGUCCGCGGGAUGGCAUACAAUCAAGUUGGGGAUGAAAGUAGGGCACCUGCUGCUUGGACAGACCUACAGCACGAACACAUGAUGAAGAACUCAGUCGACUAUUCGCCACGCGAUGUUGCUCAUGAAUCUUCGCAAAAGGAAGGUCAGUCUAAUAAAAAACGAAUGGAUGAUUUUGAGAUCAAGGCCUCUGAUGGCACAGAUAGAUCGCAAGAUGCCGAUGACGGUCAGGACCACGGUCAACACCGUGGUCGCUAUCCAAGUAUGAUCGACCCAAACGUUGAUACCUACGGUUUCCCAUCCCGCAAGAGUGUCUUGGAGGAGGGUUCCGGGCAACACUAUGUGGCGACUUCAAGUUCUCAUAAGAAGAAUUCUGUGGGCUCCAGCUCGUCUGCAGGGGCGUCAUCCAUGGGGGCCAGAUCUGAUGCUUCCCCCAUUUUGCAAAGGAACGACUCCAAGAAUGAAUACGAAGAUGCGUUGGAAGGAGAGUCAGACGAGGACGGCCCUACCAUCCUUCUUCCUGUGACGCAAAUGACCCCCCGGGACUUGCGGAAGGCCGGCAUCGUGCCAGUAAAGCAAGAACCAGAACCAAGAAGGUCGAGUAUCAUGGGUAAAUUGACCGAAAAAAUCGCGCAUGUGAUUGGGCCUGUCAAGGACGAGUUGUGA